AUGCUUGGACCAGACGAGGAUUUCACCCUUCUCAGCCUCAGUGGUGGCAAGCCAAAACGCAUCAACAUGAUUAAAACCAUCUGCUUGUUGCUGGGUCCUGACUUCUGCACUGACGUUCUGGUUGUGGAAACCGCUGACCAUGCCCGUCUCUCAAUUCAACUCUCCUAUAAUUGGCAGUUCGAUGUCCCGGCCAACCCGACGCAGGAGGAUGCAACUAAACUGUUUUCGCAGCUAGACUUUAUAGGCGACUUCUGCAAUACCAUCGCAGCUCGCGUGCGUGGCAUCGUGGCCUCAGUCAACUUUGACAGAUUCCACAAGAAUUCGGCCCCCAUAAUUAGGCAGUCUGUUUUCGGUACGGGUGCCGAUGGCGAAAUUGGAGACAGACUAAUUUUUCCACAGAAUAACCUCGUCGUGACAAGUGUGGACGUACAGGCCGUUGAGCCGGUAGAUCAGCGCACACGAGAUGCCCUGCAGAAGUCUGUUCAGUUGGCCAUUGAGAUCACAAGCACGUCCCAAGAGGCCGCUGCCAGGUAG